AUGGCAGACGCAGUGAAGCCCCCGAAGCCGCGGCAGUCGCCCGUGAAGAAUGGCUAUUUGAUCUUCUACAACUUCGUCUCCGCGAUCGCCUGGUCCGUCGUCCUCGGCCGCACCGUUGCCCUCUACGCCCUCCGCGGCCCCGGAUUCGUCCACCUCGGUGUCGGCGAGUGGACGAGAUGGACGCAGACUCUGGCCGCCAUGGAGGUCCUGCACGCGCUUGUCGGUGUCGUUCGCGCCCCCGUCUUCACGACCCUCAUGCAGGUCCUUAGCCGCUUCGUCCUCGUCUGGGGCGUCGUCUACCCGUUCCCCUUCCUCGCCCGCAGCACCUGGUACUCCUCGAUGCUCCUCGCCUGGAGCGUCACCGAGGUCAUCCGCUACUCCUACUUCGCCCUCAACCUCAGCGGCUUCCAGCCCAGGCCCCUCGUCUGGCUGCGAUACAACACCUUCUUCGUGCUCUACCCCAUCGGCAUCACGAGCGAGUGCGCCCUCAUCUACUACUCGGCCGGCCCUGCCAAGGAGCUGGGAGAGAUCUUCCCGUACAUCGCCUACGGCAUCCUCGCCGCCUACGUUCCCGGCUCGUACAUUCUGUACACUUACAUGAUGAAGCAGAGAAGGAAGGUCAUGCGCAACAUGAAGGCCGAGCAGGCGGGCAUUUCGAAGACUCAGUAA